AUGACAGUUCUUGGUUCUUCUUCCAUUUUGGAUUUUAAGAUAUACUGGAUAUGUUUAUUUUCAUAUUCUAACAACGGUCUUAUUAUAUCUUAUCGAUUCCAUGAAAUUGAUUCAUUUCUAGAUAAAGUUCUCCACCUUGGCUUUAAACCCACAGUUGUCACUUAUAAUACCUUAAUGCAUGGUAUGUACACUUUGGGGCUUUGGACAAAUGCUAAAGAGAUGUUUAAAGAAAUGCUGAUCAACAACAUAACUCCUGAUGUUUAUACUAUGAUCAUUUUAAUUAAUGCAUUUGUCAAGUGUAAAGAUUUUGACAAAGCUCUUGGUGUGAUUCAAGAAAUGUCUCUUAAAGGAUUAACCCCUAAUCUCAUCACUUAUAACAUAAUGAUCGAUGCCUUGUGUAAGGAGAAUAAACUUGCUUUUGUUAACCAUCUUAUUGAGGUGAUGAAAGCUUAUGGGUUGAAACCUGAUGUAGUCAUUUGGAGUUCGUUACUUCAUGGCUUGUGUGAAAAUGGACAAUUGGACGAGGCAAUGGGGUUGAUAGGAAAAAUGGAGAAUAAAGGAGUUUCUCUUAAUAUCGUUACAUAUAGUAUUCUAAUAGAUGGUUUAUGUGAAGUUGGACAACUUAGAAAGGCUGUAGAUGUGUUUUUAUCCCUCCCAUCUAAAAGAUUAAAGCCAAAUUUGCAUACCUACACUAUAAUGAUUAAAGGACUCUGUAAAGCGGGUUUAUUUGAUGAUGCCUGUGAACUCUUCAAGACAAUGGAAGAUGAUGGAUAUACUGCUGAUGCAUACGCCAUCAACACAUUGGUUAUUGAAUUUCUAAAUCGAAAUUAUCCUAGUAAGGCUUCUGGGGUAGUUAAAUGUAGGAAUGACAUACAAUUCAAGGCUAAUGUAACUUCAUUGUUCGAAGGUUUACUAAAUCGUGAUGAUGUUAGUUAUGCACAAAAAGAAAUGAUUGUACAAAUUUUGAGAUCUAAACAAUUACCUCAUGUAGUAACUGUUCAGAUUUCUUCGUUGAGCAAUAUAUUCAUGAUCUUAUCACUAAGGCAGCAAAUUGGUCAAUACUCAAGUAAAUACCUUGCAGAGUCUUGUGAGAGCCUUGGAAAAUGGAACCUGAACGCUGUAUCACAUCAUUAUAUGGGAAUAUUUUAUCUACAAAGUUCCUUAAACAUUCCAAAGCAAGGUCGAAAGCAUGAUAUAUCCCUUUAUAUGGCCACCUUUACAAUGCUGGAAUUGGAAACUGAUGUUUCUUGUUGGCACUAA